CCACCACAAGGGUAUCGAAGGCGGAGCUACAAGAAAGGUGUAACUGGAAAUUAUAAAAGAGCGGUCAGUAGUCAAGAGGAGGCAGUCUCCUUCAAGUGUUCACCUGCGCGACUACGAAUCGGAAUCUCGAGCGAUCGAUAAGUACUUUAGUUAUCGAUAAUUUAAAAACCGCUUGAAAAAUUAACGAGAUGGGAACAGCGGUCGAAUGGGUAACAGCGGAGGACGCGUACGAGUGCACCCUCUCGAAGGAGACGCAACAACUCUCGAAGGAGGAGCUGAGAGAGGAUAAGAAUACCAGAGACCAAGCCCUCGAGCAAAUACGUAACUGGAUAAAAUUGAAUCCGCGUAUUCAGAAUUGUCGUCUUGAUGCGCGAUUUUUGUUAAGAUUCCUAAGAUGUAAAAAAUUUAACGUCCCAAUGGCGGAGGAAGCGAUCGAGAGAUACUUGCUGCUGCGCCAGGUCUACCAUCCCGCUUUCAACAAUUUGGACAUCACGGAACCAACGAUGGAGGAGCUGUUGUCUUUGGGAUAUCUAUUCGCUGCACCCGGACGUGAUGCUAAAGGCCGUCGUGUUAUAAUUGCCAGGCCAGGUGUCUUUGAUCCGCAUAAGUACACGAAUGCUGAUAUGUGUAGAAUUCACGCAAUCACUUACGAGUGUUUGAUGGAAGACGAGGAAAGUCAAGUACGAGGUUUCGUUCAUUUUGCCGAUGGUGCCGGUGUUAGCUUUCCGCAUUUGACGCUCUUCACACCCAAGGAGGCUGUUCGUAUCGUGAAAAAUGGCGAGCGAACGAUACCGAUGCGACAUAAGGAAGUUCACGCGAUUAACACGCAUCCAUCUUUAAAAUUUGCCCUCGAUUUUGGUAUGUCACUGAUCUCCGAAAAAAUAAAGAAACGUGUGAAAAUUUACACCAGCCUCGAAGAAGCGAUCAAUCACAAGAUGGACACGAGUUUAUUGCCAAAAGAGUACGGUGGCACAAUGCCUAUGAAAGAAAUGAUUGAAUUAUGGAAGAAAGAAUUGCUCGAUAUGACGCCAACGUUGUUGAGUCACGAUAAAAUGCGGGUGAAUUUGGAAUUGUACUCGGAAAAAGCUCGAGAAGGGGCGGUUUCAGCUUUGAAACAAGGUUUUGGGUGUUCCGACAUUGGGCCCAACGAUUCGACUAUGUAUGGGAUCACAGGUUCUUUCAGGAAACUCGAAGUGGACUGAAACGCAUUAUUCCAUCUAUGCAUAACGCACAUGUAUCAAUCCAGUUGGAUAUUCUAUUGUAAACUUAUUCUAUUGGAACAAUGUUAUCAACUUUUUUACAAGUAGUCAUUAAACGUGAAAUCUCGUUAAGAUAUUACUCGUGGAUAUAAAAAA